UGCAGCCGGGCGGCGAUGAGCGACAUCGUGGAGAAGACGCUCACGGCGCUGCCGGGCCUCUUCCUGCCGAGCCCGCCGGCCGCAGGGGGCUCCGCGGGCGCCAGGACGGCCUUCGCCUCGCGCCUGGGCGGCCUGGUGCGCGGCAUCACGGCGCUCACGUCCAAGCACGAGGAAGAGAAAUUGAUCCAGCAGGAAUUAAGCAAUCUGAAGGUGACUGUGUCUGCUCCAACUACCACACUGAGAAUGAUGAAAGAGUGUAUGGUGAGACUUAUAUAUUGUGAAAUGCUUGGAUAUGAUGCUUCGUUUGGGUAUAUACAUGCAAUCAAAUUGGCACAACAAGGAAACCUUUUGGAAAAAAGAGUAGGUUAUUUGGCUGUUUCCUUAUUUCUACAUGAAAAUCAUGAACUUUUGCUUCUUCUUGUGAAUACAGUUGUAAAGGACUUACAGAGCACUAAUUUGGUCGAAGUGUGUAUGGCACUGACUAUCGUCAGCCAGAUUUUUCCUCGAGAGAUGAUUCCAGCUGUGCUUCCAUUAAUAGAAGAUAAACUUCAACAUUCUAAGGAGAUUGUAAGAAGAAAGGCUGUUUUGGCAUUGCAUAAGUUUCUUCUUAUUGCUCCAAAUCAAGUACAGCAUAUUCAUAUUAAGUUUCGGAAAGCACUUUGUGACAGAGAUGUUGGGGUCAUGGCAGCUUCCUUGCACAUAUACCUAAGGAUGAUUAAGGAGAAUUCAUCUGGAUAUAAAGACUUGACGGGAAGUUUCGUGACAAUUUUGAAGCAAGUAGUUGGAGGCAAGCUCCCGGUAGAUUUCAAUUACCACAGUGUGCCAGCACCAUGGUUACAAAUUCAGCUCUUGAGAAUACUAGGACUUCUAGGGAAAGACGAUCAAAGGACAAGUGAAUUAAUGUAUGAUGUUCUUGAUGAAUCCUUACGAAGAGCUGAGUUAAAUCACAAUGUCACAUAUGCUAUUCUGUUUGAAUGUGUGCAUACGGUAUAUUCUAUUUAUCCUAAAGCUGAAUUACUUGAAAAGGCUGCCAAGUGCAUUGGAAAAUUUGUUCUGUCACCUAAAAUAAAUCUUAAAUAUUUAGGACUGAAGGCUCUUACCUAUGUUAUCCAACAGGAUCCAACUCUGGCCCUUCAACACCAGAUGACAAUCAUUGAAUGCUUAGACCACCCUGAUCCUAUUAUUAAGAGAGAGACCCUGGAACUUCUUUACAGAAUUACUAAUGCACAGAAUAUAACAGUGAUUGUUCAGAAAAUGCUUGAAUAUUUACAACAGAGUAAAGAAGAAUAUAUUAUUGUCAACUUGGUUGGUAAAAUAGCUGAACUGGCUGAAAAAUUUGCUCCUGAUAAUGCAUGGUUUAUUCAGACAAUGAAUGCUGUGUUUUCAGUCGGAGGAGAUGUUAUGCAUCCUGAUAUCCCCAAUAACUUUCUAAGACUGCUUGCAGAAGGUUUUGAUGACGAAACCGAAGAUCAGCAGUUAAGACUUUAUGCAGUUCGGUCUUAUCUCACUUUAUUGGAAGUGGAAAAUGCAUUCUAUCCACAGAGAUUUCUUCAAGUUAUGAGUUGGGUAUUAGGGGAAUAUUCCUACCUUUUAGAUAAAGAAGCACCAGAGGAAAUUAUAGCCAAGCUAUAUAAGUUACUUGUGAAUGACUCAGUUUCCUCAGAAACAAAAACUUGGUUAAUUGCUGCUGUGACCAAGUUGACAUCCCAAGCACAAUCUUCUAACAUAGUUGAGAGAUUAAUCCAGGAAUUCACCGUGUCUUUAGAUACGUGUAUGAGACAACAUGCAUUUGAAUUGAAACAUCUGCACAAAAAUGUGGACCUCAUGAAGAGUUUACUUCCAGUUGAUAAGAGUUAUGAAGACAUGGUGGUAGAUGCUUCCUUAUCUUUUCUGGAUGGUUUUGUGGCUGAAGAACUGAGAAAGGGGGCAGCGCCUUAUAAAUCUCACCACCAAAGGCAGGAGGAAAAGCUUUCUCAAGAAAAAGUUCUUCAUUUUGAACCAUAUGGAAUCUCCUUUUCUUCAUCUGGUUUCACUGGACGAGAGUCUCCUGCUGGCAUUUCUCUUGGUUCGGAUAUAUCUGGGAAUAGUGCAGAGACAGGGCUGAAAGAGACAAAUAGUUUGAAGAUGGAAGGAAUAAAGAAAUUAUGGGGGAAAGAAGGCUAUCUUCCCAAGAAGGAAAGCAAAACUGGUGAUGAAGUUGAAACUCCCCCUAUUUCCCAAGAGUGUAUAAUAAUAGAAAACAAGGAUCAGACUGUUACAAAAAAGGCUCAGUCUCAAGAUCAUUCCCUGUCUAAAGAGGAGAAAGAAAAACAGUUGCUGGCAUCAUCUCUAUUUGUUGGGUUAGGAUCAGAAAGUGCAGUUAAUCUGUUAGGAAAAGCAGAUACUGUCUCUCAUAAAUUCAGAAGGAAACCGAAAGUCAAGGACUCCAAAAGUGGAGAAACCACCAGUGCUCAAGAUCUGACCUAUUCUUCGGCAGCUGUGACAUAUGAAGAAGAUUAUUAUUUGGAUGCCUUGCAUGGCAAAGGAGAUAAAGAUUUAAAGAGAUUAUCUUUGAGUUCAGAACUUUUGGAUUCUGCAUCACUCACAGAUCUUCCCUUGGUUGAGAAGCUGUCAGAUUGCAGGCUCUCCACACCCUCUUUAUUUGCUGAUAGCAACAUGGAAGUUUUUUACACUCCUGAAUCCACUGCACCCAUGGGUGCGAAGGAAAUCUCCUUAGUGUCUUCUUUGUUGGAAGAAAUGACUGAACACACGUAUUCAGAUCUUAUAGAGGUCUGUAGUAAUGAAAUCAUAUCAGUGUCUUCUUAUAAAAUUUGGAAAGAUGAUUGUUUACUGGUAGUCUGGACAGUUUUUAAUAAGAGUGAUUUUGAAUUGGAAAGUGCCAACUUAGAAGUUACUCCUAUAGAAAAUUUCAAGAUCACUGAGCAACCUGGAUGCUGCUUGCCUCUAAGAGAAGCAGAAAGUAUCAAAAGCUUCCAAUAUUGUAUACAAAUGGAAAAGCCUUUUACAGAAGGGAAUCUUUCAGGCUUUAUAAGUUAUCAAAUGAUGGAUUCUCCUGCUUAUCAGCUUGAGUUUUCUUUAAAAUUAUUUAUGUUAGAUUUUAUUAGGCCACUAAACAUCUCAACAGAAGAUUUUGGCAAACUCUGGUUAUCCAUUGCAAAUGAUGUGAAGCAAAAUAUAAAAAUGUCAGAAUCUCAAGCUGCUUUGCCUUCCACCCUUAAGACCUUUCAACAGAAGCUGAGACUUAAUGUUGUUGAAGUUAUAGGCAGUGAAGGACUGUUGGCCUGUCAGCUGCUUCCAUCCGUUCCCUGCUUGCUGCAUUUUCAAGUUCAUGCUGACACAAUGACUCUAUGGUGCAGAUCCCUCUGUUCUGCUCUUCCUGGCUACUUAUUGGAUGAGUGUCAAAAAGUGAUGGAGGGAUCCUAGCACAAACUCUGCUUAUAAUUUGUUCUACAAAAGUAAAUGGUUUACAGCAGAGACAAACUUACCAAAGUAAAAAGAACUGAUGGUACUUUUUCUUUUUUGAUGGUACUUGUAAUGAAAAUGGGGAUCAGUAAAAGUUGUGGUUUUAUGUGUUGUUGAUUCCGAUCAAGAAUGAUCCUCAAGAAACUAUCUCUCUUAUCUUUUACUCAGGAUUGUACAGUUUGUUUGGGUUACCCCAAAAAGUGACCUAAGCUGAAAUUAUAAACUGCUAAUGAUUUAUAUAUACCUUAG